AUGACCGAGUUCAUCGGCGCCGACGCCCCUGGCCUGCUCGAGCCUGGCGCAAAGGCUGGCUCCGGGAAUUCGCCACCACCCUUGAUACUGUCAUCUGCAUGCGCCACGUUGGAGGACCUAGGAGGCUGGCUAUUGCGCGUAAUACGUCACGAGCUGAACGAGGAUGACAGACCGCCAUAUCUACUGCAAGCUGCAUCUCAUUCGCAAGCACUGAUUGAAGAGAAGUUGCUACCGCCAGAGCACGGUCGGACAGAACGGCGCGACAUUGCGCCGCUGCCGGCCGCCGCGAGUCUGACGCCCGCCGCCCUGAGCCGCGAAGGCCGCCCCAGCGUGGACGGCGACGAAGCCAGCCGCGACGACCUCAGUUGGCUGGUCACGAUGACCAGCACUGGGGGGCCGAUCCCUGCGACCGACUGGAGCCAGGAGCUGCGCGACGCGGCCACAUCCCGCGACGGCGAGGAGGCACCCCCCCAGGGAAAUUCCAAGGCUGCCAAAUCAACCCAGGCCCCCGUGCCCUUCCAACGCUUGCUCGGCCGCGCCGGCCGCCGGAAGCACGCGGCCAUCUCGAAGCCAGCGGCUCGCUCGGCGGCAGGCUUGGCGGGCGGCGGCUCGGUCUACUCGGCGGGCACGGCUGCGCCCAUUGGCUGGAUCUCGGCCACGGGGGCGGCCCUGCACGCCCAUGGCCGACCGGCGAAGGCGGCGCCGCGAGAGCUCAAGGCGCAGCUUCUCGGCGAGGCCAUCGACGGCGAGCUGGGCGCCAUCGGGCCAGUCACGGACUUCCACGGCGAGGCGCUGUCGAUUGCGCUGUGUGACGGGAUCGGCGUCGCGCGGCGGGCCUCGGACCUGCCCGGGCCCACGCCUGCGCCGCUCGGCUCCUCCGAGACCAACGCGGAGCCCAGGCGAGCGAGGAAGUGCACCUGGCCCGAGGUCUUCGAAGCGGGCGACGCAUCGCCCUUCGGUCGCGCCGAGGCCGCGGCCGAGAUAAAGAGGGCCUCGCGCGCCAAACGGAACAUCUCCAUUGGUCGUCGGUCGCCCAUCUUCUUCGAGCUUGGACGCGCGAAACGGGCGCAGCUCGACGCGCUGGCUGAGUGGCAGUCGCUCGGGCGCCUGACCGAGGACGUCGCGCCCGCGGGCCCGGUCCCCAAGCAGUUCAUGACGAACCGCGUCGGCCGCGCGCCCGCGCCGAUCGAGCGCCAGCGCGACAUGCGGGGGCGCUCCGAGUCGGAGAUCCGAAAGUUGCGGGAUCUCGAGUGCUGCCACGCGCCCUGCCAGUUCAAGCACAUCAACUGCAUCCAGGAGGUCGAUGCACGCCGUCUGCUUCCUGACGACAUCGAGAGACAGCUGCUGCGCGGCAACCUGCCAGGGCGCGGCGCGACGAGGGCUCGCGAGCUGGAGAAGGCGAGGCCGGAGCACCGCAGCGCGGCCAUAGUCGAAGAGCCCGCGGGGCGAGCGGAGUCCAGGGGGCGCGACAUCCGGCCGAGCGCCUUCGAGGGCUUCGCUGGCUUCCUGAAGGCCAGCGGGAUGCUCGUGCUGCUUCCAUGGCAAGUCAUUAUUGACGCGAUUCGCCAGCACAUCACCAUCGCGUCGCCUGUCGCGAAACAACACGAGGCCGCGGAAUUGACGCAGCUGUUCCAGCUGAGCGUAGCUAGACCUGUGUUGCCGCAAAAAGUGCCGGCGUGGACCGCCGCAGUAGAGGCUGCAAACAAGCCAGACGCGCGGCGCGACGGGGCAGGGCAGGCGCGCGCCUUCUCCCUGGUGGCCGCCGGCGACGACGGCGCGGCCCUGGAGCGGCUCCUGACCUGCUGGGACGCGUCCGGCUGGAGAGCAUGGCGCGACGUGCACGGCAGGAGCCUGGUCGAUUUCGCCCGCAGCGACCCGAAGGGGCAGCGCAGUUUGCCGGCGCUGCUGGAGCUCUGGGAGUGGGGCCACCGGCGGCCACCAGGGAGCCCAGCCCCAGCAGGCCGCCCGCAGAGGCGGGCCGUCAGCCCCUGGGAGCGGGAGCAGGCGGCCACGCGGCUCCAGGCCAUCCGCCGGGCCGGCCUGGCUCGCCGGGCCGCGGCGGAGCGGCGGCGGCGGCUGGAGCGGCCGCAGGACUCCGCCCCGCAGCGCCCGCCGAAGCGGCCCCUCAGCCCCAGCGAGCGGGAGCAGGCGGUCACCCGGCUGCAGGCCAUCCGCAGGGCCUCCCUGGCCCGCCGGGAGGCCGCAGAGCUGCGGCGGCUGCAGGCGCGCGGCCCCGACGAGGUCAGCCUGGACCAGGAGCUCAAGGGUCAGUACGACGAGCAGGUCAUCGAUAACCUUUGGGACAGGAUCGAGGAAGUGGUCCACGCGGCUCAGGACACCAAGCAGAGGGUGCAGAAGGACAUCCGGACUGUGCGGCCGCCAGGACCUGAUCAUCUCGACGGGCAGGAUGGCGCUGCUGACGGGCGCCAUCGGGCACCAGGAGAGUGGAACGAGAGCAGCCCCCGUGACGGCGCCACCGAAGACGGCGGCGCCCAGGACGGGGCUGGCUGGAGCGGCAAGCGCCGGGAGGAGGACCGAGCCAGAGCCGCGCUCCCCCCGGCAGCAGAGCCAGCAGCACGCGGCGGCCACCCGGCUGCAGGCGGCCCGCAGAGCUUCCAUGGCCCGCCGCGAGGCCUCGGCGCUGAGACAACGGCAGCCGCCGGCCACGCAGCGCCAGCAGACCAGCAGCCCGAGGCGACAGGAGCAGGCGGCGACCCGAAUCCAGGCUGCCCGCAGGGCGUCCGUGGCCCGCCGCGAGGCCUCGGCGUCGAGGCAGCGGCGGCCGCCGGCCACGCAGCGCCAGCAGACCAGCAGCCCGAGGCGGCAGGAGCAGGCGGCGACCCGGCUGCAGGCGGCCCGCCGGGCCUCCGUGGCCCGCCGGGAGGCAAGGGAGUUGAGGCGGAAGUUGCUGCAGCAGCUGGAGCAGCUGCAGCCGGCCCCGCAGAGCCCGCGCCACCAGACCAGCAGCCCGAGGCAGCGGGAGCAGGCGGCGACCCGACUGCAGGCGGCCCGCAGGGCGUCAGUGGCCCGCCGCGAGGCCUCGGCCUGCGAUCCGGCUGCAGGCGGUCCGCAGGGCCUGCCCGGCUUCCGCAGGGCCUCCUUGGCCCGCCGGGAGGCCUCGGCGCUGCGGCAGCAGCAGCCGCAGCCAGCCCCGAAGAGCCCGCGCCACCAGACCAGCAGCCCGAGGCAGCGGGAGCAGGCUGCGAUCCGGCUGCAGGCGGUCCGCAGGGCCUCCUUGGCCCGCCGGGAGGCCUCGGCGCUGCGGCAGCAGCAGCCGCAGCCAGCCCCGAAGAGCCCGCGCCACCAGACCAGCAGCCCGAGGCAGCGGGAGCAGGCUGCGAUCCGGCUGCAGGCGGUCCGCAGGGCCUCCUUGGCCCGCCGGGAGGCCUCGGCGCUGCGGCAGCAGCAGCCGCAGCCAGCCUCGGAGAGCCAGCGCCACCAGACCAGCAGCCCGAGGCAGCAGGAGCAGGCUGUGAUCCGUCUGCAGGCGGCCCGCCGGGCCUCCUUGGCCCGCCGGGAGGCCUCGGCGCUGCGUCAGCAGUUGGCGCAGCAGGAGAGUCCCCGCAGGUGCGAGGGCGCCUGGACGCGCUGCUGCGGGAGCGGCGGCAGGAGAGGUGCAGGAGCAGCUGGCAGAGAGGCCCGCGGCCGCCCUCCAGACGGAGACGCCGCGGCGAGGCAGCGGGCCGCCGUCAGGCUGCAGGCCGCCCGUCGCGGCUCGCUCGCGCGGAGGGGGCUGCUGCAGGAGACGUGGAGGCCAGGGAGCGGGCGGCGCACCGCCAGCAGGCCGCGGCGGCCAGGGAACGGGCGGCGAUCCGCCUGCAGGCGGCACGCCGGGGCUCCCUGGCGAGGCAGGCCGCGCAGCGCCUGCGGGACCGGGAGCAGGCGCUGGCCAGGCAGCGGGCGGCGACCCGCCUUCAGGCGGCCAGGCGGGGCUCCGUGGCGCGGCGGCAGGUGUCAGAGUCCAGGGCGGCCGCCGACCGCCUGGCCGCCCAGGAACGCGAGCGGGAGCUCUCGGCCAGGGAGCUGGCGGCGACGCGGCUGCAGGCAGCACUCCGCGGCUCCGCGGCGAGGCGGCGGGCGUGGGCGCUGCGGCAGCGGCUGGAGGACGCCCUCGGAGAGCUGCCUCCUCCCCGCCCUGGCGGCGGCGCCUCGCUGGCCGAGCGGGCUGCGGACCGCGCGCGCGGGCGGGCCGCCCUCGACGAGCUGCAGGAGCAGGCGGGCCUGGCGCGCAGGUGGGACCAGGUGCGCGAGCUGCAGGACGGCCUCGACGAGCUCCUGGACGCCCUCGACGGCGAGCUCGGUGCGGAAGCCCCCGCGCUGCAGGCGAGCCCCGGGCGGCAGCAGCACCGGCAGCAGCGCGCCUCCCCGCGCGGCGGCGACGGCGGCGGCAGCCGCCCCGUCUCGCCGGCGCCCGCCCUUGGGCGCGGCGCCAGCAGCCCCGCGCCGCGCGCGGCCGCGGCCGCGGGCCGCGACCCGGCCGGGCGGCGGCCCUCCAGGCGCCCUCGCGGCGAGGGCGUGCACGCCCGGCUGCACGAGGAGCACGCCGCGCGGGCCCGCGCGGCCGAGGAGGCGCGGCGGGCGGCGCAGCCUGGCGGCGCGGGCGACCCGCGAGCCUUCGACCGCCUGUUCGCGGACGGCGCCGCGCGGCGGGCGCGGCGGGAGUUGUCGGUGGCGGAGGCCGAGGACCAGGAGGCCCGGCUCGUGGCGGAGUUCAGCGCCAAGACGACGCGCCCGGGGGCCGACGUCGAGGUGGAGAUGGCAAGCCACCGCCUGUACGCCGAGGCCGAGCAGCGCAAACAGCGAGCGCAGGAGGCGCAGCUGCUGCAGGAGGAGCUGCAUCAGCUGGAAGAGUCGGCGCGGGAGGCCGUGCGGAAGGCGCUCCGGGAGCCAGGAGAGCGCCCUCGCCGCCACGAGCAGCUGUACUCGCUGGGCGCGGAGAGGCAGGCGCGGCGAGAGGCGCAGCGCCAGCAGGCGGCCCUCGACGAGGAGCUUUGGCUUCAGCAGCACGACGUCCACGCGAAUGCGCGGCGUGCUGGCAGCGCGCGGGCGCAGACUCGGAGCGACCACCUGUACGAGGACGGCGUCCGACGGCGGGGGGACCUUGCGCAGCGCCAGCUGGACGAGCUGCAGGACGAGGCGCGGCGCAUGCUCGACUCGUCCGUGCACGCCGGCGGGGCGCGGGCCGCCGCGCCGCCGGGCGCAGAGCACGCCCGGGCCGAGCUGCUCUACAGGGACGGCCUGGAGCGCGCCCAGCGCCUGGAGGCGAGGCGGCAGGAGCUCGAGCGGGGCAUCGAGGACCUGCGGGGCGCCCGUAGCCCGGGCCCCGCCGGCCACGGCGGCCACGCGCCCAGGCACGACAUGCUGUACGAGGACGCGCGGCGCCGCGAGGGGGCGCGGCAGCUCCAGCGCGACCGCCAGACGGAUGAGGACCUCCACCGAUCCGUGACCGGCUGUGGACGCCGGGCCUCCAGCCAGGGGCCGCCACCAGUGCCCCCGUCCGCCAGUCGGGCGACCCUCCAGGACGGCCACGCCGCCGCGCACCGCCGGCGCCCGGCACGCCGCCGCGGCCAG